AAGCUUUGGAACCAAAGGAGUUCUUUAUUUGCCUGGGACGCAAUAAAAAAGUGGGCGGUAACGCCCUCGUGUCGGCGAUACUGGGCAAGCGCAAGUUUACUGUAUCGUAGCAACCGGAGGAGCAAAUCGAAAAUGGUGGGGAAAGCAACAACAAUAAAAGAAGCCCUGACCAAAUGGGAGGAGAAGACCGGAGAGAAGAGCAGCGAGGCCACAGUUGUUAGGCUCUAUGGUCAAAUUCCUCCGAUUGAAAAGUUGGACUCCACUCUUGGCAAAAUCCCCAACUGCGAAAAGCUGUGUCUGUCCACAAAUUGCAUUGACAAAAUAACCAAUCUAGGAGAACUAAAAAAUUUGAAAAUUUUGUCACUGGGUAGAAAUAAUAUCAAGGCCUUUACUGGGCUGGAUGCAGUCGGCGACACAUUAGAAGAGUUGUGGAUCUCUUAUAACCUGAUCGAGAAAAUGAAGGGUGUUCAUUUGAUGAAAAAACUUCGAGUUCUCUAUAUGUCCAAUAACCUCGUCAAAGACUGGGGAGAGUUUUCCAAGCUGGCUGAUCUCCCAUGCCUGGUCGAUCUGGUGUUUGUGGGAAAUCCUCUUGAAGAGAAACACUCACCUGACGGAACAUGGAUGGAUGAAGCUACUAAGAGGUUACCCAGACUGACAAAACUGGACGGGAUUCCCGUCAUCAAACAAGAUGCAGGUGAAGAUGACGACUGAUGGGCUGCAAAACUACAAAAGUUCUCUUUGAAAUUCAUCGAUUUGAAAUUUCUUUUGGAAAAUCUGAUGUGACAAACCUGCCCUUAGUGUUAAUCUUCUGUCACUCCCAUCUCUUAUAGAAUGCCUCAGCUUUAUCCUUUACAGCAAGCCCAUGUAUAUUGUGGUUGAACUGGCUACACAAUAAUAUAUUCCACGAGAAUAAUCCUUUGUCAGGUGGUCCGCUGUAAAAUUCAUCACUACUUUUGAUGGUUGACAAUUUUGUAAUUGCUUAGAAAACCAAUCAUGUUGACCCUAGUGUACCUUUUAAGAUCAUGAGUGUCCUGUGGAAAUGAUUCAAUUUCACAAAAUGGAUCUGAUACUUAUUAUGUAUUAAUUACAACGGCAGUACCUGUAUAUCCUUGUCUAUCUAUCUAUGCCAGCAAUUUACAGUGACAGGGAGAACAAUGUAAUGUUCUUGCUUAGAUGGCAGAAGGAAAAAUAAACCUGUGUAUUGACCCGA